AUGUACUCUGUGACAGUUCUAUCUGCACUUUUAUGCAUUUCAAGUGGGGCGACAUUCUAUGGAAAUUCAUUGAAUUCAGAUUUCUCAGGCGACCAGGCACUCUUCUAUGUAAACGAGUAUCCAACAUCUGAAGAACCUCAAAAACGGCUAGUUCGUGAGCCUCCAUUAAUAAAAAGAGGAAUAGAUCCAUUCUCGAUUCCCACACUGAUCAAGGAGCCACCAUUGAAAAGAGGCGACAAACGUGAUUCCUAUGUCUAUCCGUCAACAAAUUCACAGCUGUCAGAUCGAAUUCCACUAAGGGAACCACCCUUGAAACGAAGCCAGCCGCUCGACGACAAAGUCUUCGUCCUUGUCCCAGAAGAAAGGCACGAACCAAAUGGACUGGCAGAUGUUUACCGGCGAAUGUUGCUGUUGGAUCAAUCCACGAACCAUGUCGCCGAUUCUAAAGCUGUACCACAUCCAAAACUACGAUCUCAAAGAUUUUUGUCUCGGAUAUGGUGGCAUUAG